UUUCUCAUACCAUUUUUUACGCCACCAAGAGAGAGAGAAGAGAGAAGAGAGAAGAGAGAAGAGAGAGAUGGCGAUGAGAGAAUGCCUCGACUUGACGGGAAUUCCUUACACCAGAGAGGGUAUUUACGCGACCAACAACCAGUUCCAGAAAGCUGGUCCUAAGGGUUUCAUCCACGUCAAGGUUCUGGAGAACGACAGCCUCUACGUGCGCGUCGACUUGCCCGGCGUUCCAGACGACGGAGUCCGGCACAGAGUCGACGGCGUGAGGAAAAAGCUUGUGUUUUUCUCCGGCGAAACUCCCGUCGGCAACAGAAGGGAGGGCGAUCGUGAGUACUCCGGAUCCGCCGGCCUAGGGUGUGACUGCUGCGAGAUCACCGGCGUGGAUGCCAAGAUGAAAGAUGGAGUCUUGAGGAUGAUCGUCUCAAGGGUCAAGGUGAAGGACCAUGACAACAAGUGUUCUCACUUUCUGCCUCCUAACACAGGUAAGUCUGGGAGACACUUGGAGGAUCAUCCGUUUGUGGUGAAAGGGCGUAAGGGAGCUUUCGUUGGAGUUCCAUUACCCGGUGAUGGUCUCUACUUCGCAGUCGAUAUACCUGGUGUUCGUGGCGAUGAUGUUGAAGUUCUUGCUAACGAGCAUCAGGUUAAGUUCUACGCCGAGGUGAAGAACGUGUACGAGCAUGAUGAAGGUGGUGGCCGUGUUUACGUGGGAUGCGUCAACAGUCGCUCUUCCUCCUCUGACCCUCCGCCGCCUUCGAUUUUGACUCAAAGGGUAGGGUACGACGCAGAGUUUGGUGUUCUCAAGAUUGUCAUUGCACCUCGUCCCAACAAUACCAGCAGCCAGUAAUCAUGAUGCUCUCUCUACUACGUUAUCUAUCGUUUUAUUUUGGAAGAACCUUUGUUUGACUACUAGUUUUCUUGUUUAAGUUUGAGACAGUUGUGUUGUGUGAGACAUGCUUUGGUGUUUGCAAUGGUAUCUGGUGAUUUGAUUUCA